AUGGAGUGUUCCUUUGCUACUAGCCGAAGAAGCCGCAGGAGGGGCCUGGCACUGCCGCUGCUAGCCGCCCUCUGCUUUUAUUUCGGCCCCUUUGCGUACGUCUCGCCCUCGCCCCUGCCGCGUCGUGCUGUGCUUCUAGCAGCAGCUUCUGCGCCUCUCGCGCCGCAGGUGGCCAACGCUUACGGGGGAGGAGUCAUCGAUCUUUUCUCUCUGACGAUCAGGAAGAAGGCAAAGUGCUUGCCAACGAUCGUCAGCGGCUACAAAGAGCUAUCGGAGAAAGGAGAGGUGACCGAUGAGUUCAUUGACACGAAGUUGACGAAGAUGUGGAAGCUCAUGCGGGAGUUUGCCGACGCGAAUCGGGUCCAAGCAGACGAGUAUGAUCCGAUCAUGGAGAAGUUGAAGAAGGAUGCGAAUGUCUACAAAGACUUUGCUUUGAAGAAGGACUACAAAAGAACGAUGAAGGCAUUGGACAAGUACCGGACGGACGUUCCAUUCGGCCCUGGCGUCUUCAACUGGGAUGACGACAUGGACAAACUGAUUCCUGAGUAG